AUGGUCCUGUACUGUAGAGGUGGUAUUGUACUGGAGAAGUUGCGUUUAGUACGACUCAUGUGUGGAGAAUGGAAUGAUGUGAACAUGCGAUGGAACACGUCGGAUUACGGAGGAGUACGAGACCUUAGGAUUCCGCCACACAGACUUUGGAAGCCUGAUGUUCUCAUGUAUAACAGCGCCGACGAAGGGUUCGACGGUACUUACCCGACCAACGUCGUCGUCAAGAACAAUGGAACCUGCUUGUACGUACCGCCAGGUAUAUUCAAGAGCACUUGCAAGAUAGACAUAACUUGGUUCCCCUUUGACGAUCAACGUUGCGAGAUGAAAUUCGGCUCCUGGACAUACGACGGCUUUCAGUUGGACCUGCAACUGCAAGACGAGGCCGGAGGUGACAUCAGCAGUUUCAUCACCAACGGCGAGUGGGAUCUGUUAGGUGUACCUGGAAAACGAAACGAAAUUUACUACAAUUGCUGCCCGGAACCGUACAUUGAUAUCACGUUCGUGGUUAUCAUCAGAAGGCGGACUCUUUACUAUUUCUUUAACCUGAUCGUGCCAUGCGUCCUGAUUGCCAGCAUGGCCGUUCUGGGAUUCACCUUGCCACCUGAUUCCGGCGAGAAACUCUCUCUAGGGGUAACCAUUCUCUUGUCCCUCACUGUGUUCCUGAAUAUGGUGGCCGAGACAAUGCCAGCUACGUCGGACGCCGUGCCUUUGUUGGGUACAUACUUCAACUGCAUUAUGUUCAUGGUGGCCAGCAGUGUUGUCAGCACCAUACUCAUUUUGAAUUAUCAUCAUCGGAAUUCUGACACUCAUGAAAUGUCCGAGUGGGUGAAAGUGGUAUUCCUUUAUUGGCUGCCUUGUAUACUACGUAUGUCACGACCGUCUGAUAAAGAAGAGAAAGAGGCGCAAAAGUCUCAAAAGCCCUCUCCAGUCACCGGUACCAGCAAAUCGUACGGUGACCUGGAGCUUCCUCAGCGGAGCAGCAAGUCCCUCCUAGCGAACGUCCUGGAUCUCGAGGACAAUGCUCUGGCAUCCCACAACAACCUUCUGAACAACGUGUACAGUACUCCUGGUCCACACCAUCACACGAUGGGCCACGGGCACAGUCACAUACACACGACACCCCAUCACCAUCACAGCCACGCUACGACGCCUCAUCAUCAACAUGCGACGCCAUUGGCACACUCCUCUUAUCCGGGGUCACAUCAGAUCGGUCACACGCCUCAUCAUCAUCAACAUCCACCUGAGGCGCCCGGGCCCCAGGUCGAAACGAUACUUCAAAACGCGUGUUUCUGUGCCCGAUACGAGCUCAUCCUGAUCCUCAAGGAGAUUAAGAUAAUCACGGAUCAGCUAAAGUCGGAAGAGUUGAACUCGAAGGUGACGAACGACUGGAAGUUCGCGGCGAUGGUGAUCGACAGAAUGUGCCUAAUCAUUUUUACUCUGUUCACCAUCAUCGCUACCAUCACCGUCCUAUUGUCGGCGCCGCACAUCAUCGUCACGUGAUUCAGAAAAGCUCAGCCUGCCGGCGGUAGGUCGGGGCUCGUCGACGAUGAUCGUGCAACGGCGUGUCAUUUCGGUGCGGACGACGAACCUGAAGACACCAACCUCGUGCGCACACGAUACCAGCUAAUUCGGCUAACCACGUUCGACACCUUCAUAUUAUCGAACGUCCGGCUUGAGGUUGCGCUUCGAAGUCAUUUAGUCGCCUGUUACCGGGACAACUGCACGAUAGGAAGCAAAUGCGGGGAUCAGCCUCGUAUUCUUUACGAUAUAUAAGAUAUAUCAUCAUGUAGGUCAUUCGAAGAGGACGCCUUAGCGAGACACGUUGAAAACGCGCCUGCACACAGGCGCCACACAUCACACACACGCGCACGCAUACACGCAUCCAGUAUGGCAGUUGACCUGAUCGCUCUGGAACGCGCAGGAUUGCCUACGGAUUUUCAUUUUUAUUCCCACAAAAUUCUGCCGGAUUUCCACACUGCGGUCGGUAGAUAUUUUUAACCGUUUUCGUUCGCAAAUUGUGAGGUUGAUCGCCGUGUUGAAAUCCUGCCUUUGCAUUCUUACUUGAAAAGUAAAGUGUUUUGCUACCCAAUGAAAUGGGAGGAAAAUAUCGAGAGGUUUUGUUCGGCGAGCGAACAUUUGCGUGCAUGCGUGCGAACACACAUUUGCAAGACACAAAACAUAACAGAGCAUCGAGGACCGUCGAAGCGUUUGAGUUUGUUAAAAUCCCGGCCGCGAAUCGGUCAUGGUCGCGAGUGCCGCCGGGCGAAUAGAGGAAGAGAGAGAGGGAGGGAGAGAUACAAACAAAAGAGAGAGAAGCUGAAGAAGGGUACACUGCUCCUUUUAUUGUGCUUAAUAAAUAAUAAUAAUAAAAAGCGAGACGAACACGAUUAAGAGCAAAGCGCACACAUUAAU